GCGCGCGCAAAAAAAAACAACCCAAACAAAAGCAAAACAGUGACGCAGAGUACACAGAGUGUUUAAAUAUAGCGCUAUAGAUAAAAGGUACAACGCAGUGCUUAGGAAAAGCGUCAGCUGACAUGAGGCAUUACUGUGUUGUUAUGUAAUGUCCAGGUCAGGGAUCUGACAUGAGAGAAAGAGAGAGAGAAGGCCUGACAGUGACUGACGUAUAUUAAUAGAUAUAAACUGAGAAGGAGACAGAAAAUCAGUCAGAAAGCAGGUAAGAAUAAAUACCAUGACAUAACGGUGGAUUUGUUUUCACCUUCUUUCUCUCUCUCUCUCUCUCUCUCUCUCUCUCUCUCUCUCUCUCUCUCUCUCUAUCUAUCUAUCUCUCUCAUUAACAGAGGAAUGACGCAGUUGUAUGAGGCCAGAGGAAAGGGCUGCUGCCAUGGAAGAAGAGUGCACCACAACACACACACACACACACACACACACACACACACACACACACAGAGUGACUGACAGUGCUACAGGAUUGAGGCUCCUGAUUUAGGAGGAAGAGUAGAAUCAGGUAUGAGAAUCAACAUUCUCAGUUCAUCUCUUUGGGAAUAUAAAAAAAAUAGCAGGUGUGUGAGAGAGACGGACAGACAGACAGAGAGUGUGUGUUUUGAGUUGAUUAGGAAUACAGACCUGGUCAGGUGACCGUGAGUGACUGUAUGUGUGUAUAUGUGUGUAAGAGCUCUUUUUUCCAAAGGUCCUCAUGGAGGAUGGUAUAGGAGAAAGGUCCUUCAUUAUGUAUGUGCAGUCAGAGAAGAAGCAGACAAGAGACGAUCAUGAUCGGGACGUCUGCACUGCAGAAAGCGCUGUGAUGCGAUUCUUGCUCUGCGUAUGACUGGACGCCAGCAGCUGUGUUUCAUUUUGCUGAGAUGAUGGUGGUCCAUUCCAGCUGCAAUGGGAUGAUGGACAACUUGCACCCCCACACUGUUCUUUCUCGACUCAGCGAACAACGAUCACUUGGCCUGUUCUGUGAUGUUACCAUUGUUGUGGAGGACAUCAAAUUCCGUGCUCACAGAAAUGUCUUGGCUGCGACUAGCGGAUAUUUCCGCAACGCUUUCACAGCCUCUGAGACUUGUGGUUCCAGCCAGGUGCUGGAAAUUCCAGAUCUCAAGUCAGAGGUGUUUGCCAGCAUCCUUAAUUUCAUUUACUCCUCCAAAGUGGAUUUAGCAAGUAAAGGGGACAACAAGUCCUUAAUAGCUGCAGGGAAAAGGUUAGGGAUCCCCUUUCUUGAGAAGCUUCUUGAGAUUGAAAGGCAAGACUCUGGAAUGACACAAAGCCAAGCCUUUGCUAAAUCAGAAAGUUCAAUGAAUCAGACAAAACUGUCUGUUUGCAGCACUUUGAAGAAGGAGGCACCACGGCUUGAGGAGCAAGAGUGCUCCAAAGGUCCACGGAUAACUAAUGCUUUCUCCAUCACAGAAGUGGCAGAAGUUAACAACCCAUUUAGUUCAGUGGACUCGCACAGUAAUGGCCACCAAUCACCAGACAUGGCUCAACAACCGCUAUCAGGAAUACCCUCUGUCGAAAGUGAUUCUGUUGAUGCCAUGUUUGAACACUCAUACGCUGUAAACCAAGGCCAUCAGACUUCUGAGCUAAAAGAGAACGUACAACAAUAUAAUAAAGAGGUCAUAAAGCCUGUAGUGCUACCUUGCAAGACUCUGUCCAACCAUAGACUUGGUCCCAUUAAAAAGCGCCAUCGACUUUGCAAAAGUUUGGCACCCAUAUCCAGUGAAACUAGUGAAUUUGUUCAGAGUCCUGUUAGCAGUUCUGUUGUACAAAAUGGUCCCCCUGACUCCACAUCUAUGCUGCAGUCUUCAUGCUCAAAUUCAGCCUUGUGUUCUGCACCCGACUUGUUGCCUCCACCUGAGAUUUUGCCCCCACAGGAUGAUGAUCCGCCUUCCUUAAGUCCUGAAGAUGUACCAACAUCUACAACUCACCGAUGCCAGCAAUGUCCUGAGGCCUUCAGUAGUUCAGCACUUCUUGCUGUCCAUAUGCAAAGCCACAAGAGAAGAUUUGUCAGUCAUCUGUUUUGCAAGUACUGCAAUAAAAAGUUCAUGCACCUGAAACGAUUGCGCAAUCACGAACAAGUGUGUGUGAAAGGUUUACCACAGGUGGAGCCGAAUGGCAAAGAGGCUUCAGUGAGUCUAGACUCAAGUAGCACACCCUUCCUAGAGGAUACACCUUUCCCAAGUUCUGAUCUUCAAGAUCCUCCAGAACUUGAUAGUACAUUAUCAGACCCGUUGGAAGCACUUCAAGAAGAAGUUACCAAAUCAAACAGUCAACGGGUUUAUAAAUGCAGUGUGUGCAAACGAUCCUAUGUAACUCUGUCUAGCUUAAAAAGACAUGAGAAUGUGCAUUCAUGGCAAAGAGCCUAUCCUUGUCACUACUGCAAUAAAGUUUUUGCUUUGGCAGAAUACCGUACCAAACAUGAGAUCUGGCACACAGGAGAGCGGCGCUAUCAGUGCAUCUUUUGCUUAGAGACAUUCUUGACUUACUACAUCCUCAAAAACCAUCAGAAGUCAUUUCAUGGCAUUGAUCCACGUCUGGCAGUGAAUAAAAAAUCUGCUAAUGGUGGUUUCAAGGGAAGUGUAUACCCCAUAAAACUCUACAGACUUUUACCAAUGAAGUUCAAGAAGAAAAGGUACAAGACUUAUAGUCAGACUUAUUCUGAAGUCAUGGGCAACCACGAGCAUUCUUUCACUGCCCCGCUAGAUGUUAACUCACAAGCUGCUCCACUUAAAGGCACAGCUCCUAUUCAUAACCUAGAGUGUGCUACUAGUGGUCAAUCAUUAUUCUCAAUGCCUGUGACCUUUAUGGCAACUCCAAAGAUGAUGGCUUCGGAAAUGCCUCACAUUACCUUUGACCAGCCAUGUGACCAACAUGUAGAAACUUCUUUGCCUUCUGAUAAGAAUUUGUCUCAUAUCGAAGAGGAAGGCUUUAACCCUACUAAUAACCAUAGUGGAUUGACAGGCUUUCAGGCCUCUGUGUCACCCGUUUUCGGUUGUGGAUACACCCCAUCUUUGACAACAGGGGAAAACACCAUGUCCUCUACGAUAAUGCACAGAAACUCAUCUCCCACACAAUGCAGUAGUAACACAAGCAGAGAUGUUAUGCCAUUCCUCAACAUACCACCAGUAUGCUCAUUUGAGGGACUGAGCAAGCUUAGUGAAUUAUCUGCAGCUGCACAAACUAUUGAAGUAAUGGCUAAUCAAUUGCUUCAGCCACAACCAGAGACCCUGACGCCGAACCUUCGCCCUGAUGGUAAGACAGAAACAUACAUUGCCAAGCCUGCUUGUCCUGGUCCAUCAGUGAACAACCCAGUCUUGCCACUGUGUCAGAUAACUGUCAAAAUUGGCAAUGAGGCCAUUAUUCGACGCAAGAUUAAAGGCUCAAAGCUUUUCCCAAAGAGGAAAAAGAGAAGAAACUGGAAGCAAGAUAAUGAGAAAGGGAACACAGCAGAGGAUGAUCUAGGAUUCCCAAAUCUGCGCCUACGGACAGAAGUUCCAAGCUCAGUCAUAGAAGAUGAGCCAUAUGAUGAUGUGAAUGAUCCUGAAAAUGACAAACUGUGGCGUCCUUAUUACUCAUACAAACCUAAAAAGAAGGGCAAAAGAUUCAGAUCCAAGCGGAAAAGGUUAAAGGCUUCUCAGUACUAUACAAAGCCACUGUCUCCUGAACCAGAUGAUGACUUCAUGGAAAUGGAUUGUGGUCUAGAGGAAAGAGUCGCAGCCGAGAGAUCUGAGUCUAGGAUGGAGCUAAGGAGUCAAAGUCCAAAAGAGAAUUUUACCUGCCAUUGCUGUAGUAGCUCCUUCUCGACUUCAGCCACCCUCAGCAUGCAUAUUGUCAACUGCCAUCAGCCUCGCUGCAAGAUUUGUGGUAAACAGUGUCCUAUCAACGAGCUUCCCAAUGCAGAUGUCCCAUUCACCGAGGAUUUUGCCUGCCAAAGUUGCACAGAGGAUGGCUCAUGCUUUAACUCGAUAGGGUUGACUCGUAGCCUGAGUAGUGAAAAACGCUACCGCUGCUCAUACUGCCCACAGCGGUUCCUCUACCUUGCCACCAAAAAGAGCCAUGAAACAAAACAUCUUGAAAGGUUCAGUACGGAACAUAGUUGUCGGUACUGCCCUAAAGUGUGCAAGUCUGCAAUGCUGCUGAGCAUACAUGAGAGCAAGCACUUCAAUAAGGUAAAAGAGACAGAAAAUAGUGAGACAAUCACAAGAUCAUACUUGCCUGCUUCAGAAAGCAAAGAACAACCGAAAAUUGAACCCUGGGCAAGUCCUAAAAUCUGCUUACCACUCAGCCCUAAAACUGAGGAGGCACUGGAUAUGGAUGCUAAGGGAAUUUAUCCCCAAAUCCCUCAACUCCACAAAAAGACAUCCCUUUUGUUGUCCUGUAAAGGUGACAGGACUUUGUCUCCAUUUCAUCCAGAGAUUCAGAGAAGAAAAUCGAAAAAGAAAAGCUUUGUGGAAUAUUCUAAAGACUCCACUCUGGGGUUUGAGACUCAAGUGAAAAAGGCCCAUCUGCCUAAAAGUUUAACAAACAACCAUCUCAACACAUCCAACCUCUAUACAACAUGUCUGAAAAGAGUGCCUGCGAUUAAGGGCGCUUCCCUGCAGUCACCCAAGUCAGAGUGGCAUUUGUGUAAAGAGGAACCUGUUUUUUAUGCCCACAACUGAUUCUGAAGGAAGGAAAUGCAGAAAAUGAUGUUACACAGUAAACGUUAAUGAGCGCAGUACGAAGACGCACAUUUGAACCUAUGUGACAGGAAUGAAAGUUGAUAAAAAGUUGUCACUUUACAAUGGUGUAAAUAUAAAGAAUUUUUAUUUGUUUCCUGCAAAAUACUGUUGGUAAUUUUUUAUGUUUUUUCUAUGAGAGGAGAAAAUUUUAUUUUUGUAUGUUUUCAUUUGCCUCCCUGGAUCAAGUGGAUGUGUCAUUGCUUAUCAGAUGCUUAACAGAAGCAGGACUUAAUCACAAUUCAAAGACUCGAUUAAAAUGUUCUCCAUCAUAUUCACAUUAUUUGUCAACAUACACUUGCGGGCGAUUCAUUAAUUUUUCAUUAAUUUUGAACUACUCUUUUAAGUGAAUUGGGCAAAUCGUAUGACAAGUAUGGAAAUACUAGCAGGUAGAUGUCACUGUAACUGCCGUAACUUGCAAAUCAAAUAAAUUUAAAAUUACUUUACUUAGUGUUUGAUUUAAUAAUAAUAAUUUAAAAAAAAAAGGUAGUUCAAAAGGAAUUGAAGCACUAAAGUGAGUUAUUAUUGUGACUCUUGCAAUGGUCAAUUCAAUGAAAUGUGUAAUUCUGUUGACAUUAAAGUGAUUGAUAUGGUAUGUUAACCCAAAGUGUCUAUGAUGCCCUCUAGUGGCUGGUUGUUUAAUUUUUAACCCUGUCCUUAUACAUAUCAAUGAAUGGACUACUUGUCCGGUUAUUUUGUCAGUUGUGGUCUCUAAGAUUUUCGUUUAUGUUUAUAUUUCUUCCAGUAUUUUUGUUUAUAAUGAAUAUAUUUUAAUGGAAUUAUAAACAUACUAGAAUUAAUGCACUUGCAUUAGGCACGCAGACACUUUCCCUUAUUUGGCAGACUUGCAUUAUUUGACAAUAUAUGGCAUAGGAUUCCCACAAUACCCAUGUACAACUAUAUGGUUAAAAUGGAAAUUCAAAGCAUGGGGGGGUAUUAAUGUAACCCCGUGUCUGUGCACCUUCUCCGUUGUCACUGGGCACAGCUGUAAUUAGAAGUUAACAUCAUUCGGCAGAUGUUUCAUUAGUCCUGUAGUUUAAUCCGUUUGUUUCCAGUUAUACACAUAGUAAAAUAUUUUGCAGUUAUAUCAAAGUAUUCCAACGACUCCAAGUGACUAAUGUGGUCUGGGUCACUGAAAAAAAAACGACCUUUUUUUUUUUCCAAAAAUGGGCAACCUGUGUAUGCCCAUUGCAGUUUUGAAUGUUAUAUGAAUGUGAUGGGUCUCCUUUUAUUACAGCUGCUGAACAGGUUAUUACCUGUGUAAUCUGUCAUUUCUUAUUUCAUAACAUGCUUGCUAUUUUUAUUUUUGCUUAGUUUUAUUAUUACACCCAUUUGUGGAGGCUCCAGAAUAUGAUAUGUAGCCUACUGUACUGUUCCUGAAUCCACUGCUCAGGCAGUAAAAACAGAUUGUGAAUAAGACAUGGGUGAACUCUUUGUAUUCACGUGUAACCUUAAGUAGUAGAUCCACCUCAUUGUCAGUCCACACAUACGACUCUUUGUGUUUAUUUUUCAUUUGUUAUUUUUCAACUUUUAACCAAGUUGGUGUUUUUCUUCAUUUCAAUGUUCUAAUUGUUCACACAAAUGCUCCAAUGAAGGAUGCGCAAUAAAUAUUAUUAAUUGUAAUAAA